CAUAUUCAGAGGGGUUGCUUGUCAUCUCCUCCCUCUUCUGCUUCCCAGACACUGAGUCUGGAAUGAAAAUUCACCUGCCUCUGAGUUGGCCACUGGUGGGGGCGGGGGCGUUACUUGGGUUCCCAGGUUGGAAGAUUAUCUCACCCAGCCCCGGCUAUAUAAGCUGACCCCUGUGGAGGAGCACAGCAAGGCCAACUGAAGGGAUUCAUUCUGCAGGAGGAAAGCUUACAGACAAACUUCAGGCCAACGUGAUGAUGCUGAAAGUAGAGGAGCUGGUCACAGGGAAGAAGAAUGGCAGUGGGGACACUGGGGAGUUCCUCCCUGAGGAUUUCACAGAUGGAGAGUAUGAAGCUGCUGUUACCUUGGAGAAGCAAGAGGACCUGAAAACACUUCCAGCCCACUCCGUGAGCCUUGCGGAGCAACAGUGGAAAAUUGAGAAACAACGGGAGGCAGAGCUCAAGAAGAAAAAACUAGAACAAAGGUCAAAGCUUGAAAACUUAGAAGACCUUCAAGUUAUCAUUCAACUGAAGAAAAAGAAAAAAUACAGGAAAACGAAAGUUCCGGUUGUGAAGGAAGCUGAGCCUGAAAUCAUCACAGAACCUGUGGAUGUGGCUCAGUUUCUGAAGGCUGCCCUGGAGAACAAACUGCCAGUCGUAGAAAAGUUCUUGUCGGACAAGAACAAUCCGGAUGCCUGUGAUGAGUAUAAACGGACAGCUCUGCAUAGAGCGUGCCUGGAAGGACAUUUGGCAAUUGUGGAGAAGUUACUGGAAGCUGGAGCCCAGAUCGAAUUCCGUGAUAUGGUAAAUAUAUUUCUUUGCUUGGAAAUAAGCCAAAAUGUAUAGGCUAUAUGAAGCUUGAGAAAAGCUACAAUGAAACGCUGGGCUGACUGGAUUGGAAGUUGAUCCGGGAGGACUAGA